AUGCCUUUUUUCGAAGCUCCAGACCCGGUCAUGCAAAAUUCUCGAAACACGACAUGGUCCGAGACGAUUAGCAAAAAAAACAUUGGUGGCGCUCGAUCGCUCUGGGGAGAUUACUGGAAGCGAUUCAACACUAUGCAAAUCCCAAUGUUUGGCGUAGAGGAGUAUUUUAACACUGCAAAAGCAAUAGCGGAAAUUGCAGUUGACGAAAAAGACUUUGAGAAACUGUUCAUGGAAAGAAAUAAACAGCGGCAGAAGGAACUAAUGGCUCAAAUCAAAAAACUUUCAACAGCUUCUCAUUUUGAAAAGAAGCGCUUCCCAUGCUGGUCUGCGCAAUACGCAGCAAUCAUGGUCUGCCAAACAGGCUGUUUUGAGCACUUCCUAUCUCUCUUACAAGGCAACGUCCUUGGUUGGGAGGCGGAUAGUGUAGAAGAUGAGGUGCCAAAUAACAUUAUGACUAACUUUAGGGAGGAGCAAAAGUUUGAUGAUGAAGAAAUGCAAGACCCUACUGAAGAAGAUGACUAUGUUUUACCGAUCUCUCCCAGUUGUGAAACACAGAUUUUCACUGAGUAUGACUGGGCCUAUGCAUCAGAAGAGCGCAAGGCUCGGGAAAAGUCAAUCGAAGAGAAGGAAUUCAGAGAAAAGAGAGCGGGAGAUAUCCACUCAAACCUUACUAGGGAGAUAACUUCAUCUGACGACGAUAUCAACACUCGUGAAGGGACACGUCGGCUACUGGAGAGUUCUGCUUCACGCAUCUCAAGACCUCAUGGCUCAUUUUCUUCUCACAGAGCUGCCAGUAGAAGUGGGGUUGAUUCCACCGUUAAUAACCAUAGCCAUAAGCGUCAAAGGGUGGAAAGCCCAGCAACUAAGCUUUCGCCAAACGGCUCUAUCAAACAAGCUAUCGAUGGAUCUUCCAAGAAGAGAUCCAUAUCCCAUGGCGAUGAUGACGGCCGUGGAAAUAAACGUCGGAAAACUCAAAGCCCGGUACCCGCUUUGGCACCAAACGCUUCCUCUUCCGUACAACAAACUACCGUCGAAAGCACAGAGAAGAAUCCGAAGAAGAGAGUCAGAUUUGAUGGCGAUGAUGGCGGUGAUGAUCAUGAACAUAAACGUCGCAGAACACAUAGCCCGGCGCCUACCUUGCCUCCCAACGGCUCCUCUAUACCACAAACUACCGUCGAAAGCUUGGAGAAGGGCUCCAAGAAGAGAUCCAGGUCUGACGACGUUGAUGUUGAUCAUGGAAAUAAGCGUCAGAAAACACAAACCUCGACAUCCGAUAUGACCCCUCACCUCUCCUCCUCACCACAGCAGGCCGCCGAUGGAAAUGUGGUCAGAAAGGGAUAUACAGUUAAUGGCGCACCCAAGUCUUGGAAGCGAUCCAAAAUAGGCAAUCCGAAGCUGCGGCCAUUGCGGAGGUCAACACGAAGAAGCGGCACGUCUACGUUCCAGGAACUGGAUAGCUCAGGCAAGCCACGGCCAAUUCGAUGA